AUGCUCGAAGUUGAGAAUUUCCAAGCAAGCGUCGGAUGGUUAAAUCGUUUCCCGGUUAGCGAAUGGCGAAAUGGAGAAGUUGCUGCACUCAUCAAGAAAUACAACCCGGACGAUGUCUUUAAUGCGGAUGAAGCUGGAGUGUUUUUUCAGCUUGAACCAAAAAGGACAUUAGCCCAGAAAGAAGACAAGUGUGUAGGGGGUAAAGCUUCCAAACAACGCAUCACCGCUCUGUUCUGUUGUAACAAAUCGGGAACGGAGAAACGAAAAAUCCUCAUCAUUGGCAAAUCUGCAAAACUUCGUUGUUUUAAAAACUGUAAAUCAUUGCCAUGCAUCUAUAAAUUUAAUAAGAAAGCAUGGAUGACCCAAAUAAUUUUUAAUGAUUGGUUGAUAGAUUUUGAUACAGAAAUGAAAAAGAAGAAGAGGAAAAUUCUUCUUCUUAUCGACAACUGCACUCCACAUAAUGCACCACCAAAAUUGGAUAACAUUCGUGUGGAAUAUUUCCCACCUAACUGCACAGCUGUACUUCAACCUCUUGACCAAGGUAUCACCAGAGCUGUAAAAUCACGCUACAGAACCUUUUUGUUACGUCAAAUUGUAUGCGAUUUGGAGAAAAAUAUCCAAAGAAAAUACGCCAAUUCUGUUUCAGAAGUGGCAGAAUAUGAUGAUACGCACGAUAUCCAUCAAUCUGAGUUAGAACAAAUUUGGAUCACUGCAAAAAAGAAAACGUCGCUUCCUGACGACGUGAAUUUAGAAGAUUAUCACGGUGCAGAUGACAACGUUUCAACAUGUUAUGAACUAACCGACGUAGACAUCGUUCAAUCCAUUAAAGACAGCAAAGAUGAGGCCACCGAUGAAAGUAGUGGAGACGAAGACGAAGAAGCUGUGAUGGGAAAUGAUGUGCGCAAUGUCACUUCAUCAGAAGCCUUAUCAAGUUUGGAAGUAUUUGAUAGUAUUGUUCUAUUUAUGGGGUUCAUUUUCAGUAGCUUCCUUACUCUUCAGAAUUCAAAUACAUCUCGAACAAUUCAAUUGGUUAGAACUGAGAAGUAA